AUGAUGGUAGCCAUGGCCGAUACAAACCCCUUCAGCACUGUCCCGCGAAGCCGCACCUCCGGCGGUGCCGUCUUUGCCCGCCUGGCACACCCCUUCAUUGGUGCACCGAACAUCCUCAACCCACGCACAAUCCGCUACAGCCUCCAGUCACCCAUCCUCGCGAUCUCGGCCCAACCCGACGGCGAGAACGUGGUCGUCGCUGGCCGCGAGAUCUUGCGCAUCCUGCGCGUCGGCCGCACAGACAUCAGCGAGGUGUCGACGCUGCGCCAGCCCGACAGCCAGCGCAAGAUCUUGAUCCAGUACGACGUCAAGUGGGGCACGCACCUGCAGAAGAGCACGAUCGCGACGGCGGGCACGAACGGGACGAUAUGUCUGUACGAUGCAAAGGUGGGCGUCAUGGAGCGCCAGCUCCGGGAGCAUGGUAGGCAGGUGCAUAAGAUUGCCUUCAACCCGGCGGAUGGGAGGCUACUGCUGAGCGCGAGCCAGGAUGGGACGAUAAAGCUGUGGGAUCUAAGGGAGAAGAAGAGCAGGCUCACGUUUGCAGGCAGGUCGGACGCGGUUAGGGAUGUACAGUUCAAUAGUGGCAAUGCGGUCGAGUUUGCGGCCGCGUUUGAUAAUGGGACCAUCCAGAGAUGGGACUACAGACAGGACAAGAUCUAUGAGCGAAAGAUAAACGCGCACGAUGGCCCCGUCUUCAGCGUCGACUGGCAUCCUGACGGCAAACACUGCGCCUCGGGCGGCCGCGACCGUACUGUCAAUGUGUGGGACCUGUACUCCGACGAUGGGCGCAGAAAGCCCAAGCACACCAUCUCAACCAUGUGCUCGGUUUCACGGAUCGCUUGGCGGCCCCGUCGCAACGGCACCACCGAGCUUGCAACCUGCGCAAUCAACAACGACCCGCGGGUGCAUGUGUGGGACCUCAAGCGGCCGUACAUCCCCGCGCGCAUCAUCGACGAGCAUGUGGGCUCCACGACCGGCAUCCUGUGGAAAGAUGAGGAUAUCCUGUACUCUUGCUCCAAGGACAUGACGUUCGUGCAGAACGAUGUGCUCUUUGCGACGCAGCCCAUCAACUCGCUCUCGCAUGCAGCAUUCGAUUGGGGCCCCACUGACGAUUUUACAUUUGCUGCACAGCCCUGUGGGCGUGUCCGCCGCAGUGGGCCAUCAACGAGCCGCUUCGAGACGGAAGAGGAGAUAGUCAGAGAGCGCCGGCCAGGAAGAAGCUCGUCGUUCAAGGGCCUUAAGCCCGCGUUGUCGAUCCUCGAGACGCUCAGCGAUAAGCAUCACGCAUCCACGCAGGCGUCCGCGCGGGUCAGCAUUCCCGGGCUGUUUGAUAAGGGCGCCUUUACGUUCCUCGCAACCCGAUACAUCCACAGUCUCUCCAGCGACCUCGGGGAAGUAACACUCAGCCAAGCGUGUGCAGGAAACGCACGUGCUGCGUUGCGCGCACAACAAUUCCGCACGGCGCAGACAUGGCGCAUACUGCAGAUGUCACUGGAGUGGGAGGACCGAAUGCUGCUGAAGCGGAAGCGGCCGGUUGCGCGGGCGUUGGAAGGAUCCGGCACUGCGACGCCAACACCGCAGGUGGCGGCGGUCUCCGGGACUCCCGUAAGGAGCGUAACGCCACAGGAAGAGGGACACUUGCAGCCGCCGGUAGCCUUCGGGACCAGCCUUGGGAGUAGCACCGGGAGCACAGAUGGCGAUGAAGAUGGCCAGCAGAGGAGUCAUGUCCACCAUAUUGCCACUUCCCGGAACGGCGACGAGGGUAUCAACAGCCAUGAGGCCAGCGCUGAAGAUCACGCACAUAAGCCAUGGCCCGACGUCGCACCUCUACCCGUCGCACCCGUCGAAGAUCCCGCCCCACACCCAUAUCCGUUCUACCCAGACUUCACACAACUACCCCCCGCCCCCGUCCCCGAGAAGCGGCAGACCCGCGACCGAAAAUACAGCCUUGUCUCCUCCGCAACAUCCUCUUCCUACGGCACCCACGCCGGCUUCGGCGGCCGCGUGUCAGAGGAGGAGGAUAACGACCACGAGCACGACCACUACCAGAACGGGCACGAGCAUGACAUGGCCCCAAUCCUCGAAGAAGACCCCCUACAGCACUCGACAACGAUCCCGGAGCUGCGGGUCGGCGAGUAUCAGGCCGAGGAGGACGCGGCAGACCAGGACCGGCCGUGGAGCCCGCAGAAGCUUGUGGACCAGUUUGUGGACUGGUACUGCGAGCGCGGGGACGUGCAGAUGUGUGCGACGGUUGUGCUGCUGCUGGCCGGAAGAAUGAAGGUUGAGGAGCGGAGGAGAGACGAGUGGGUGGAGGGUUAUCUCCAGCUUCUCCGCAGAUUCAACCUCUUCGUCCCUGCCGCUGCAAUCGUGAAGACGACGAGUAUAGAGCCUAUACGCGCUGCGGGCGGGAACCAGACAUUCGCGAAGGCUGGCUGCGGACGGUGCUUUAAGCCUAUCACACAGAGCGGUAGCUGGUACUGCGAGCGCUGCCAGAUGCUGCAAGAUGGGUGUGUCAUCUGUCGUGAGACAGUGAAGGGACGGUGGACUAUGUGCCAGACAUGCUCACAUGGCGGCCAUGAUCAGUGUCUCCGGGAAUGGUUUUUUGACCACGAGAUGGAUGCGUGUGCGGCCGUGGGGUGCGACCAUGAGUGUUUGCCGAGGGUACGUACGGCGGGUGUAGUGGCGGGGUAA